GAACCCCUAUUGGACGAGGCCGCGCCCCUGAUCGCGACCACGCCACCAGCCGCCUGUGACGUCGAGGGAAGGACCGACGUCCUCUGCCCCGUACAGAUACACGUGCACGACCCCUCGGCACGCGAGAGACGAAGACGGAUGGACGAGGAGGACGAGACGGAGCGCGUCCGGAAAUGGGUGGGGGGGAACGAUCGGUCGAGGAAUUGGAUCGAUCUGGACGAGAACGUGUUGGACGGUUACAUACUGAUAGACGACUCGUGCCUCGAGCCCGGCGUUAUACCGGACGAAACCAAGGAGCUUCCGUAUCCGGAGGGGGGCGUGGAGGUAGACGAGGAGAACGAGGAGGACGCGGAUAGCCACGGCAAAGACGAUUCCUCGAUCUACAGCAUCGCCAAGAGGGGGAUCUCGAGGAGAGGGCCUCGAGAGGAGUUCGAUCUAAGCUCGACCUAUCCGCUCGCCAACAGCCACGGUAACGCUUACAAAGAGUCGAGCAGUCAUACCAGGUACACCGAGUUGUACUCCGAGUUGGCGGUUAAGAAUUACUUGGAGGGGAAUCGGGAAGAGAUGGGCAAUUAUUCCGUGGCCAACAGCCACGGCGAUCACAGCGUGUCGUCGGAGAAUAGGGAACGAAGUUUGAGGGAGAAGGCGGAGACCGAUCAAUCGGUUUGGGACACGAGGCAGCAUACGAGUUACGAGGUGGCCAACAGUCAUAGUAAUUAUAGAGUGUUCUACGACAGUCAGACGCAGCAGAGGGAAUUGUUGAGGACGAGCGGUUGGUCGAUAGAGUCUUGGAGGGAGCAUUUGAUGGCCAAUAAUUACGUGGUGGAGGAACGGAAGCAGAAAUCGGAGAACGCGGGGCAACUCGUCCGCGACGACGAAUCCACGAAAACUAGUCGGUCGGAGGCGAAAAGCGAUCCUGGCUCCGAGCCGGCGUGCGACAUCGAGCAAUGCCUCGUCCAGAUCGAGGAAAGCCUGUUGAACAUCGAGCAGAAUUUGCUUCACGUGCAGGACCUCGACAUACCGGAAUUGAGGAAUCUUUUGUACAAAAGUCCAAGCAUCGAAAAAAGUCUUUACGAGGUUCAAGACCUCCUCUACGCCGACGGUAUUGUUCCUGUAAUCAACAAGAGAAAAUCUUCCACUCUUAUAUCCGAAGACGAGGAAGAGGACGAAGAGGAAGAAGAGGAAGAGGAGGAGGAGGAGGAAGAGGAGGAGGAAGAGGAGGAAGAGGAAGAAGAAGAGGAGGAGGAGGAGGAGGAGGAGGAGGAAGUUUGGGUAGGUCGUAACAUAACUGUAAAAGACAACGACAACGAAGACGACGAAGCUGCUGCUGGCAUCUUGGAUGCCUCGAACGAAGAAUCGUCCGACACCGCCAACAUAGACGAGAACAAUCGAUCGGGAUCGAUGGACAAUUGUUCGACCGCCGACUGUGUAAACGGCUCGACCAUCUUCCACGAGGACGUGUCCGUCGAUCCGAAUUGCAACGAAAAAACCAUGAACUUUAUCCCGAACAGUUUAAACAAAACUUUGCCCAGAAGGAUCAUCCUGGACGGAGCCAAGGAGAAUAUCAGGCUUUGUUCCUCGGAGCCCGAGGAACGGUCGACGACCACGGUCGAUUACAAUUUGAACACAACCUGCGCCGAGAAGAAGUUGUUCUGUCGCGACAAGUGUCACAGCAGGACGAACUCGUUGGACGAAAAUUGCACGUUCACGAAUUUCGACUCGUUCGAUAAACGGGAGACGGGGAAAAGCUCUUUGCAGAACUUGUUGUUCGAAUCGACGAACGGGAAUUUGUUCGACCAUUCCGGGAAGGCAAGGUCGGAGGAAAUGCUACGGACACCUCGGAACAGAUGUUUCAACGCGAGUAGAAAAAAGUCGAACGAGAAGCGGGCGGUGGACGCGAAAACGGAGGAUUUUCGUAGGAAGCUCGAACCAGUUUCCUCGAGUCGUCGUUUCGCGAACGCGUCGUCCGUGAACGUGAACGAGCAGAAGAGGGGGAAAAUUUCGAAGGAAUCGGCGAACGUGAACGCGCCACGCCCGAUUCGUGAAAAAUCACCGAACAGGACGAGGCGAGGCACGAUCUCCGCGGACAAGGUGCAAGAGAAGGAAAAGGAGUCCGGGAAAUGUGCGGACAACAAGAGGAAACGGAAGAAGAUAUCGAGCAGAAGUCAAAGUUCCUCGGAGAACGCGUUAGUGCCUAGCAAAUUGAUCUCUCUUUCACUGUCUCUUCUUCUCGCGGCUUUAUUGCAAGCGGUCAGGUGUCUCACGGACCUCGUCGAGGACGCGUUCAGAUCUGUCAACUGCGACAGAAGCGGCCUAUUGCAAUAACGCUGUUGCAUCCGCGAACGGUUCUCGUCCGGCACGAGACCCAUUCGUUCAGAACGUGGCAACAUCCAACGAGAUUAUCGCGUAUGAAUGGUAACGUUAGAUGGCACUAACCACAUAAACAUACACACACACACACACAUUGUUACUAUUAUUUUUCGUCGCUGUACUCCCACUUCGUUUUCAAAUACGUACUGUCUCCCGUCCAAGACCAGAUUUCUGUCGAGGUGGCCGUAAUUUCAACCAAAGAUCGGUGUUUAGGUCAUUUUAUUGAUCGGAUGAGAAAUUUCUGAUCUAGAACUUCUCUUUCUUCUUCGAAAGUUAACGUUGCAAUGAUCGUCGGAUCUGAGAAUUUGGCAAUCCGUAGAUUAACCCAAGUUUUUUCUUUUCUUCACGCGUAAAAUUGAUUCAUAACACGGCUUGCACUAACUUGUGGAAUUUUUUUUCUUUUCUUUCCCCGAGCAUAAAAAUACGUACAUUAAUCGUGCGAAUUAAUAAAAGGAAAAUACUUUGAAAAAAUCAUUCGGUAAUAUUAUUGAUAAAUAUGAUUACGUGUUGGAUUUACGUGACGCGGAAAUUAAUCACAGUCGAGGAAACAUUAAAAUAGACGACGUCGUUCCACAUUAUCGAUCAACGCCAUUACCGAGAUAGACACGGUGAAUAAUCGGUGAAAAGGUAUAAUAAUGCGCGUGAUACUUUCAAUUAUCAUAAGUAUUUUUUAGUGAGUACCGAGUUUUCUAAUUACCGACACGUAAAAAAACCAAUUACCGCCCACGACUCUUUUUGCGCUCCGUCUUUUUUUUUAACCGAGAUCACCUUUUCAGAAGGCGCCUAACGAAACUGGUCUUGGGGACCGCGAAACAUGGGGGAAAACAAGUUCAUCCUAAUUCAAAAAACACUUCCGACCACCGAGGAACUUAAUAAUUUGCAACCGUAAACGUCCACAAGCUACAGCUGAUGUCUGUGAUAAACGCUAUUGCUUACGUUCCACGAUCACGUUUUUACACACGGUACGCUUACAAUACCAACAAUAACAAGUUUAAUCGUAGGGGAGGAGUACACACACACACUCGUUAAUUAUACACACGCUCGUUUAUAAGAGAGAUCGUUUAACAGGGAUCCGCAACGGUGACGGCGCGGAAACGAGACGUGAGAUUUUUCCUUAUAGUUUCCUUAUUCUUUUUUUUUUUUUCUUCCAUUCUUUAAUUCAUCGCCAAGAAUUUAUUUUAUGUAUAUAUAUAUAUAUAAAUAUAGAAAAGGUGCUACCGCGUGCAACCGUCGAGACGCGAAUAGUUUGCGUGAAACGAAAGCGUGUCACGUGGAUGGAACGAAAUCGGAGAGAGAGAGAGAGAGAGAGAAAGAUUUUUCACGAGCUUCCAAGAGAAGAUGCUUUACGGAUCGCUAGACGGGUAUGUGCCAGAAACGACGAUGACGUAGCGCGCGAAAACGAUAGUGCACGAUAAUAAUAAGAAAGAAGAAGUUUCGCGGAUAAGUCUUAUCGAUUGAGCAAAGUACGGGCUAAGCAUGUUACGGUAUUUAGCACCGCGUACGUAACGUUCUAAAGUGCCUAAAAAAAAAAAAAAAAAAAAAAAAACUCGUAUCGCGGAUACGCGAGUUGCAAUUACAUAUAUUGUCUAAUUGAUUAAAACUUUCGAUCUAACGAUUUAACGCUACUUAUAUCUUACUCACUACUAUCCCUAUCGUAAGCCUGUUUUUUUUAAGGUGUAACACGUUGCUGGGAGGAAGGAGCCGGGAAAAAAGGAGGAAGAUGAAAAAAAAAAAAAUAAAGAAAAAAAAUAAAAAAAAGAAAAGAAAGAGAAAAGAUGAAAAUAAUAAAGAAAAGCGAAGCAAAAAAAAAAAAAAAAAACUGGCGAGAACGCUUAGAAACGCGUUUGGAUGCGCUUCUCUGUGUGUGAAUCACUUCAUCCCUGCCCCCUCUCCCUUUCCCCGAGUUCUUAUCCCUUCCUAUCGUUCCACAUGGCGAGAGGCGUUAAAGGUCGAAGUUUAGACCCAGGCAAAAUUAAUUUCUUCUACAGCGGAGAGUUUAAUUAAUAAGAAACUUUUUCAAGGAAUUCGCGAAUCUACUUUUCGAAUAUAGUUAAACCCUGUUCGGUGUAUAUUUGAAAAUCGUCGAAAAGGGGAUACAUUUGGGAAUACCAAAAACCGUUUCGUUUGUGCGUAGCCGCGCGCG